AUGCCCGAUGCCGAAAUUGGGCGAUCCGCCACACAGCCCGCAGCUCUUCUAUGGACCAUCAACACCUACACAACCACCCUCUCCACCGCCCUCCAAACCCUCUCCCAAACCAACCCCACAGCCCUAACCACAGCCGCCACCACCUCCGCGAACGGCACCUCCCGCUUCGCCAACCCCACCCAAACCCUCUCCGUCGACGUCCCCCUCCGCGCUCUGCUCGAGAGGGAAACCUACGGCUUCGCCCUCCCCGCUACUCCCAACGCCGGCUUGCUCGCGUUUCUGGAAACUUACCCCGCGGCGCAGACGUACGGGUCGUCCACGAGCGUGCCGGAGUUGCUGGUGCUCUUGCUGCAGAGGUUGGGUCAGGUGUUGCUGCGGAUCAUGAGUGACGUGUCGAGUUUUCUGACGGUGGCGGAGCGAGGGGCGUUUUCGACGGGCGAGGCGGUGGGUGGGGCGGGGUUGGUGGAGGCGUGGGGGACGUAG